AUGGUAGCAGGAAGACGUACAAAAUUACUCAUCAACUCAGGAGCAUCGCUCACGCUAAUUAAUCUUCAAUUUUUUCUCCAGCUUCCACAACAUUAUCGUCAGCGAGCACAACCUCCCCCUCCAAAUUUAUGUCUCCAAUUGGCGGAUAGAUCACAACUGUAUGUCAAAUAUACCCUGCCACUUCCAAUUACCAUCUCAAACUCAACACGUGUACAUAGAAUCUACGUGGUUCCAAAAUUAUGGCGCUCAUGUAUUAUUGGAAAUGAUCUCAUUCGUAAACAUAACCUUCAAAUAGACGGCGGAUGUCAAUAUGCGUAUUUCAAAUCAAAGAAGAGAAACGAACAGCUGGAACAGAAAAGAAAAGAAACAGUCAACAAUGACGAUAAUUAUGUGCUGAUUGCCAAUGAACGCAUUAAAAUUCCAUCUUGUCAUGCAUUUAACAUUGAAGUUAAAUCAAACAAGCCAUUCUUAAUUACAGAAGAUGAUGAAGAAAAUGAAUACGAAGUAACAUCAAUAAAAGAAACACCAUGUGUAGCUAAUGGCAUUAUAACACCACGGGAAUACAUGACACUACAGGUGGCCAACUUAUCAGAAGGAACGAUUAUAAUCUAUAAAAAUCAGCCACUUGCGACAAUGACACGUCUUAAUCAGACACAAAUAAAUAUGAUGCAACAUGGAACGAUAUCAUCAGCAAUAAAACAGACGACAUCAAGAGCAGAUAAUGAAUUAACUUUAAUCAACACCGAUUUAGAUGAGCAUCAAAAAGAAAAAAUAAAUCAACUCAUUCACAAGUUUCCUGAUGUGUUUAAUGAACAACCAGGAAGAACGAAAAAAUUACAACAUCAAAUUAAUUUAGUUCCCAAUGCACAACCAUUUAAUUCACCACCAUUUAGAUAUGCACCAACGAGAAAACAAGUUAUCGAACAAAACUUAAACGAAAUGUUAGAUCAAGAAAUUAUCUCACCAUCAACAAGUCCAUGGGCAUCACCAGUUAUAUUGGUACCAAAAAAAGACGGAAAUUUACGUUUUUGUAUAGACUAUCGAAAAUUAAACGCAGGAACAAUUCGUGAUGCAUAUCCACUGCCAAGAAUAGAUGAUACAUUAGAUUCACUACAACAAGCAAAAUUUGUAUCCACACUUGAUUUACGCUCCGGAUAUUGGCAGGUGGAAAUGAAUAAAGAUUCAAGACAAAAAACUGCCUUUGUAACACAUAAAGGUCUAUUUGAAUUUAACGUUAUGCCAUUCGGAUUAACAAAUGCACCAGCAACAUUCCAACGAUUAAUGGACAUAGUAUUAGCCGGUCUCAAGUGGCAAUGCUGCCUCGUUUACAUUGAUGAUGUGGUCAUUUUCUCUCCAACAUUUGAACAACAUGUGACGGAUUUAGAAAAAGUCUUUCAAGCUCUUCGAUCCGCCAAUCUGACAUUGAAAGCAUCAAAAUGCCAAUUCUGUCGUCGAGAAAUGCGUUAUUUGGGACACAUUAUCACGCAAAAUGGCAUUAAACCAGAUCCAGAUUUAAUCAAAUCGGUAACAAAUUUUCCUCAGCCGAAGAAGAUCAAAGAUGUUCAAUCAUUCUUAGGUUUAACUGGUUAUUAUCGUCGAUUCAUCAAGGAGUACUCAAAAAUAGCGGAACCACUAUUACAACAGCUGCGAAACUCUCAAAAAGGCAACCAUCAAUUGAGAUGGUCAAAAGAAUGCACCAACGCCUUUGAAACAUUAAAAAGAAGAUUAACAAACGCGCCAAUUAUGAAUACGCCAAAUUUCGAACAACCGUUCAUAUUGGAACUCGACGCAUGUGAAUAUGGCUUGGGGGCAAUAUUAACACAAGAAUACGAUGAAAAGAAAUAUGUAAUAGCUUAUGCAAGCCGAACAUUAUCAACAGCCGAACGAAAAUAUGGAGCAACAGAACGAGAAGCAUUAGCCAUUGUGUGGGCAACAAAAUAUUUUCGUCCAUACCUCGAAGGAAAUAAAAUUUAUGUUAGAUCAGAUUGUAAAGCAUUAGAAUGGAUGCGAACGGCGAAAGAUGUAACAGGUCGAUUAGCCCACUGGGCGAUGCAAUUAUCCGCGUAUCAAAUCGAAGAAAUCAAAUAUCGUCCUGGGAAACUAAACGCUAACGCCGACUCGUUAUCACGCAAUCCACUACCAGCUGAUGAUAUUAAUCAACACGAAGUGUCAACAAUAGAAACAGCUGUUAACCUAUGGCAAAAUACAAAUAUUCUUAAUGAUAUAAAAAAAGAACAAGAAGCCGACCCGAAAGUAAAACCAAUUAUUGAACUCUUAAAAAAAAAGUCAACGUUAGAAUUUAAUGACAGACGUAAUCCACAUGUUCUCGUAAAUGGAUUACUGUACAAAAUUAAAAACUCAAAGAAACAUUAUAAUCAACGUGUUGUGGGGGAAAAACAUUUACUGAUCAUUCCGAAAACAAUGCAAAAUGAACUACUAAGAUGGGCUCAUGAUCAUCCAACAGCUGGACACGGUGGUCAGCAAAAAACAUUAUUUAGAUUGUCGACAAAAGUAUACUGGAAAUCAAUGAGAAAAUACAUAUUUAAUUAUAUAGCCGCAUGUCAAGCAUGUCAACAAUUCAAAUACAAUAACGCUCCAACAUCAAACCCAAUGCAAAUGCAUUUAGUGAAUGAACCGUGGCACACAAUUGGUAUGGAUAUUAUGGGAACCUUACCGACCACGACAAGACAAAAACGAUUUCUUCUCGUUGUGGUAGACUAUUUUACUCGUUGGAUCGAACUAUUCCCAAUGAAAUCAACUACAUCUAAUGAUAUAGCGAAUAUCCUCACGAACGAAAUAUUCUCAAGAUAUGGGUUACCAAAACACAUCGUAUCGGAUAAUGGUCCUCAAUUCGUCUCGAACUUAUUCAAAAAUUUCUGUAAUAUAUUGGGAAUCAAACAAAAUUUAACUGCAAAUUACCACCCGCAGAGCAAUAUGACGGAACGUGUGAAUAGAACAUUAAAACCGUUAAUUGCCAUAUAUGCUCAACAACGACCCAACUCAUGGGACAGCGAAAUUCAAAAAUUAGCCUUCGCAAUCAGAACAGCAGUUAACGAUACAACAGGUGAAACUCCAGCGUUUAUGAUGUUCGGUCGAGACCCCAGAGGUCCGCUUGAUUUACUAGUUGGUGAAACAACAGAAGAACCACAACCAGCAACUAUUGAACAGGGACAAAUUCAAGAAUACAAAAAGAAUUUAAUCAAUAAUCUACGAUGGGCCUUUAAGAUGGUUAAGGAACAUUCAGAAAUAGAAAAAUUGAAACAAAAAGAAAAAUACGACCGACAUACAACUCAAAGACAAUACAACGAAGGCGAUCUUGUAUGGGUGGCGAAUCCGACAGCUCAUAUCGGAGAAAAUUCAAUGGGUGGAAAAUUACAACCACAUUAUCAUGGUCCAUGCCGCUUGAUCAAACAACUAUCACCAAACACUUUCACAAUACAUCGCUUGAGUGAUAAUGUGAAUUUGGGUGCAACGAAUAUAGAUCGUCUCAAACCAUAUAUCGUAUUAAACAGAAACAGCCGAAGUACUAUUAAAACGACAAAUGAUCAAUUAGCCCGCGAAGGACAGACAGAAACGUCAAUCAACAAUGAUGAAUCACGGCUCGCCAAUUUAUAUCUACAAAAGAUGAAAAAGAAUGAACAGCCAACGAGCAUUAAUUCAUCACAGCGUCGAGUGUCAAAUCGUCACCGCAGGGUGCCGAUACGCUACACUGAAAAUUAA